AUGGAUUAAGUGUUUAUUACUCCUAGUCAAAGAAGUCCUAGAGCAUCAUUUGGACCUUUUGAUGUUAUAAAAUAAAUUUAUCAGAAAGAUAAAAUGCCAUCAUUCAUACAAUCAGAGGAAAGCUUAAUAAAUUGUUUAAAUGAAGGAUAAUAAAGAUAGACUAGUCCUUAAAGACAUACUUCUAGAACGAGGUUAUAAUAAACUUAUAUAUCACGUUCUUCUAUUUUGAAAUUACACUUGAAACCUAAAUUUAUGAAAUUCAUACAAUAAAAAUAAUUCAUUACAAGAUUUUUUUAGAAUCUUUAUUAAAGGGCUUAUGUUAAAUAAAGUAAUAAUAAUUAUCUGUAGGAAAAUUAUUUAUCUAUAAAUCUAAAAAAUAAAAACGAUUGUAUAUAUAGUUACAUAAAUUUAUAGAGGAAUCAUUGUAAAAAGAAAAUAGUUAUGUUAUAUAACCGGGAUCUUUCUUUUUAAUUUUUUGGGAUCUUGUUGGAAUUAGUGUUAUAGCUUUAAGUUUAUGGUUAUGUCCCUUUUUAGCAUGUUUCUUAUAGUAACAUAAAGAGAGAUAAGAUGAUUAAGAGAUUUUCAAAUAUUUGAUAGCUAUAAUUGCAUUAUAUGCAGUAAUGGAUUUUACAAUAAGUUUAAAUAGAGGUUUUAUUUAAAAAGGAGAAGUACUAUUUUAAUCUUUAUAUAGGUAAUAUAUGAUAGAGUGUAAAUUAUAAAAAACUAUUUCUAAUAUACUUUCUUUACUGAGAUUUUAAAUUUGAUUAUGUGGUCUUUAUUUUACUUUGAUUAUUAAGUUAAUGAGUUUAUAACAAUAAUUUAAAUGCUCAUAAUUUUUAAAUAAAUUAGAAAAAAGAUUACUAUUUAAUAUGAAUAAUUUUAUUUAAGAGGAGGAUUAAGUUAAAUCUUAGAUUUAAUUAAUGUAAUAUUAAGUGUAUAUUUUGUUGCUCAUACAAUGGCAUGUUUUUGGUAUUAUAUGGGAGAACUGACUAGUCAUAAAUUUGGUUAUUCUUGGUUAAUUAAGGAACAAUUAUUAUAUGAAACACUUUGGUUAAGAUAUGCUUAUUCUUUGUAUUGGGCAACAAUGACAAUGGCUACAGUUGGAUAUGGAGAUAUCACAGCAUAAAAUCAUUAUGAAGUUGUAUCUUCAAUUGUAAUGAUGUUUAUUAGUAGUUGUACAUUUGCAUAUUCAAUGAAUUCAAUUGGAUAUAUAUUGAAAUUAAUUUAUGAUUAAAAAUAAAGAUAUAAGUAAAUAUAUUGAUAUUAAAUAAUAGAAAAUCUCUUAUUUUAAUAAAUUAACAUAUGAGAAAUAAUAAUAUUGAGCCAGAAUUAUAAAGUAGAAUAAGAAAUUAUUUGCAAUUUCAUUUUUAAGAAGAUGUUUUUGGAAGUUAAGAAGAUGUAUGCAAAAUUAUUUAGAUAAAAGAUAGAUAAAAUAUAUGCUUAUCUCCCUUCAAGUCUUAAAACUGAACUUACUGUUGAUAUCAAAAUGACAAUAAUGAAAAAAAUUAAAUUACUACAAUUUUUUUCAUUGUAAACUUAACAAUUCAUAAGUUAAGAAAGUGAAUUAUAGACUUAUCUUCCAGGUGACUUUAUAAAUGAUUUUGAUUCUUCACUGUAUAAAAUUUGAUAAAUUUAAGCUACUUUUUUCAUACAGGAUCUGCUACAGUGAUGGAGAAAUAAAGUAAUUAAUAAAUAGAAAUACUUAAUGAAGGUGAUACUUUUGGAGAAUAUAGUUUUUUUACAGGUUUUAAUGUAAGUUUAAAAGUUAAAGCUAAUACACUAUGUAAAGUUUAUAAAAUUGAAAGAUCAAAAUUUUAAGAAGUACUUAAAUAUAAUUAAAGAGAUUUUGAAAGAUUUCAUUAAAUUAAAGAUGAAAUUAUAUUUACUUAAAAUCUCUAAUAAAUAAAUUUAAAAUGUAGAUUUUGUCAUCGAUAUCAUCAUAUUAGUUUAAAUUGUCCUAACAAUUUCUAUUAACCAGAUAUUGAAAAAUUAAUAAAAUAAGAUUAUUUCAAAUAAUAAUAAAGAAGAGAAAGAAAUAUUAAAAGAUAAUCUCGAAGAUAAUUUAAUACUUUAUUAGCUUAAGAAGAAAUUGAAAAUUGUGCUAAAUUAUUUGAUGAAAAUGAAUCAUUUAAAAUACUUAGUUAAGAUGAUUAAAGAAAUUCGUAUACUUUAUAUGAAUCUAAAUUAGAUCAUAAAAGUUAUAAAAUAUCUUCAUAAAAAAAUAUUUUAGAUAAACCAUCUAAUUCAUGCUAGAAUAUUGAUGAAUGUAAUAAUAUAGAUAAGUAGCAAAUGAUGUUAGAUGAGUUUAAAAGUAGAAACUUAAAUGUUACUGCAGAAAUUGAUUAAUAUUAUUGUUUUACUGUGUAUAAGUAAAAUAAUAAUAUAGAUAAUAUGGUUAAAGAGUAUGAAAAACAAUUUAAGAAAUAUCCAAAAUCUUUUCAAUAAAAAAUGGACCAAGCAAGUAGAUAUACAUUUUCUUAUUGGGCAAAACUUAAUUCAGCUAAAUUAAGAUAACUUUUAGAGAAACCUCAAUGA